UCCAGAACACCAGGAACACCUCGACGACUUUCCCAUGCUGCUGCUGGUCAUACUGUCAAAAAAGGCCGUAAUACUGCCUGUGAUGUCUGGUCAUUCUUUAUAAAGUCCGAGAACUGCCAUCAUUGCGCUUUCUGCACGUGCGUCUUCAAAGAUAAUGAGCUUCCUGGAGCAUCAGACUUUGGCUCAAAAACAAGUACCGAUAUCUUACAGCACCACUUGCUUGAUUACCACACCACUUCAUGGCUGACGAAGUGUGACAAUCAGGGUAUACAGGUGCGCUCUACUCAAAAGCGAUAUCAAGAUGCGAUCCACAAAUUUCACCUUGACCAAGGGAAGCAAUCUUCCAUAUUUAACAGUACUGGACAUCGUGCAUUCUCGCAUGAAGCGUUCAUUGAUUCGCUAGUUGCAUGGGUUGUUGCUGAUGACCAGGCUUGUACUAUUCAUAUUUGA